AUGACCACAGCAGCCCAUGAGCAGGCACAUCAUGCCCUCAAUACUAUGUUCCUUCGCAAGUGUGCGUCCAUGAAUGGGUUGCACUUGGAGCUACAAGUGAUGGGACAAGUCGCGAUUACAUCGAACGGGGUCACGAAGAAACCUGACCAGUCGUACCGCCCCACAGUCCUUCCGCAAACCCGUUCUGACCGCUGGCCUACAGUGGUAAUCGAAUGCGCGUACUCUCAGAACAGGUCGAAGCUUGCGGAGGACGCUCGCUGGUGGCUGUUGGAAGCAGGCGGUGCCGUGAAGACAGCUCUUAAUAUUACUGUUCACGAAACAGAAAGAGAAGUCACUAUCGAAAAUUGGGAAUCAAUCCCACGGGGAACAAGACAGGAUGAAAACAAGAAGGUCGCGGAAAUAACUCAGCGUGUUGUCAUGUCCCAGAAGACAGUCAAUGAUCCCAUUCGCGUGACAGGAUACCCUCUGACGCUACCCUUCGAGCACUUUUUCCUUCGACCCGCCAAUCCUGGCGAAGGGGACAUUGUCCUGGACAAUUCGGAUAUGGAGACCAUCGCGAAAUUAGUCUGGAACAUUCCAAGGUUUAAGAUGCCUGGGACGAAGUUGACGACGUCUUUGAGAUCUGCUCGGAAGCGCGAACAGCAUAGCCUGAAUAUCAGUACCUUAGCUAUGGAAUGA